UGGUCUAGCGACGUUCCCCACAACGCAUUAAAAAUUUUAUAUUAUAGUCAGAAGUUACAGGAUGUUGACAAAGAAUAUCUUCCUAACACUGUUAAUAGUUGCCUGUCAAGUCCUUAAGGAAACACAGUGUACCAAGGAUGUACAAUUUGUGCAUGAUGAAGAUAGAAUUAUUGCCGGUGAAGCGAUUUCAAGUGAUGAUAUAGUAAGAGAAUUUAUGCAUCCGGCGACAAUGGAAGACGAGAGUGACUCUAUGACACCGAACUUUAGAAGAAUAUUGCUUAUGCUUGCCCAAUAUAUAGCAAUGGAAAGUGGACCAGAAUAUAUAUGGCUUAAAAUACAGAAGAGUGCGCCCAAAGAAACAUAAG